CGCCAGCUCACACAAGCGGCUGCGACGGCACAGUGUGAGCAUGGAAAGGACAAGAGGAGUCGGGGGUGGUUGCGGCUGCAGCUGCAGCGGCAGCAAGGUGGAGGCAGGACGUGGGGACGACACGAGGCUGGUGGUGAUCGUGGGCGCCACGGGCACGGGCAAGACCAAGCUGUCCAUCGACGCGGCCCAGGAGCUCGGCGGCGAGGUGGUGAACGCCGACAAGAUCCAGCUUUACGCCGGCCUGGACGUCACCACUAACAAGGUGAUGCCCGCCGACCGCCGCGGCGUCCCGCACCACCUCCUGGGCGCCAUCCGCGCCGAGGCGGGGGAGCUCCCCGCCUCGUCCUUCCGUUCGCUGGCCGCCGCCACCGCGGCGUCCAUCGCCGCGCGCGGGCGCGUGCCGGUGGUGGCCGGCGGCUCCAACUCUCUCAUCCACGCCCUCCUCGCCUACCGGUUCGACCACGCCCCUCGCGACCCUUUCGCCGCCGCCGCCGCGGCUGGAUACAGGCCGGCGCUCCGGUUCCCGUGCUGCCUCCUCUGGGUCGAUGUCGACGAGGCCGUUCUGGACGAAUACCUCGACCGGCGCGUGGACGACAUGCUGGGCGAGGGCAUGGUGGAGGAGCUCCGCGGAUACUUCGCGACCACGUCGGCCUCCGAGCGGGCCUCGCACGCCGGGCUUUGCAAGGCCAUCGGCGUGCCGGAGAUCGGGGACUACUUCGCCGGCCGCAAGAGCCUCCACGAGGCGGUGGACGAGAUCAAGGAAAACACGCGGGUGCUCGCGGCGGCGCAGGUCGGCAAGAUCCGCCGUAUGGCGGACGGAUGGGGCUGGCCCGUCCGACGGCUCGACGCCACUCGUACCGUCCUAGCGCGGCUCGCCUGCGCGGGCCGAGAAGCCGAGGCCGCGGCGUGGGAGCGCGACGUCCGCGGUCCAGGACUCGCCGCCAUGCGGCAGUUCCUUGGCAGCCAAGAACUGCCCGGACACGACGACGCCGAUGACGAGGACGAAUUUGUCGCGCGGAGGAGACGAUGCCGUGGCAUGGUGCGGUGAGCAGAGCAGCAAAAAAAGCUUGGAGCUUUUUUCUGGGUUCAAAUUUUUGUGAUAGGCCGCCGAUUUUGGAGGGCCCGGCGGCUGAUCAUAGAACACGGAGGCAGAGAAGACAAGAGUGAAGUUUUGGAGGGGACUGUGAAUUCUUUCUCUCCCUGGAUAUGGAGAGGCUUCUUCCUUUUUUUUCAUCUUUUUCAGCCCCUAGCUAGUCCACCACUGUAAAAUACUACAGUGUAAUCUAGUACACCUUGUUCAAAUUUGAAAUAGUUUUGCUCUUUUGCUAACUGGUCAUCUUGGACAGUGUUCAGGACCAUGGGGUUUUUGUUCAGGCUAUAGCUUUUGUUUCUUUUCUGGCCCCUCCUCCUUUCCCUCUGUAUCAGAGUUGGCAUCUCUCAAGUCUGGAGCUGGACAUUGUCCUUUUUGA